CUUUAUUUUUUCUCUCAAAUUUACUUUACUCUUUCAGUUUUAAUUUCACAUACAUUUACUUAUUUAUAUUUCUUGGCUGCCUCAAAUUGCCUUUACAAUAAAUGCGCAGCACGGACGAUGACGGCAUGUCCACCCUGAAGGAGCUUGCACAAAAGGCCAAGGCCGAGGACGUCGAAAUGAGCGUACAAACGUGUCUGAACAUGAGCCAUUUCAAAGCAACAAUGCGGGAGCUACGCAAAGUCGACGACAACAUUAUUCUGCGAAUGAACAAUACCAACACGGCCGCAGCAGAGGACUGCCUGGCAUUCUUCAAUGUCCUGCGGACUGCAUAUGCGCGCCGCGAACACGAUAUUUCGUAUUGUCUAAGCGUGUUGGAGCAAAGGAUUGCGCAGCAGACACCCCGAAAAAACACCAUGUCGCUGGAGUCGCAGCGUGAUUGGGUGGAGAAUGAAAGGUCGGUUGAGGACAUUGUGAGAUCACGGUCUUUGCAGGUGUUUAGGUCGCGGUGUCGGUUUUUUGAAUUCCCUCCCGAGUUUGAAGACUACAUUCACCGCAAAUAGAGCUAUUACAAUAUAUUAACAUAGAAUAAAGAUGUGUACAAAAAAUAACUGGUAUCGAAAU